GAAAUCAACAUGGAUGUACAAGCAAACAUUGAUACGGAAAAGCUAGUGUUAGAUCUGUUUGAAGUUGAGGGUGUCAAGUUUGGCAACUACACUUUGAAAAGUGGAGUUCAAGCCCCUGUUUAUAUUGAUUUACGUGUAGUAGUAUCGUAUCCUGAGUUAAUGGUUCGGGUAAGUGAAAUGUUAUGGAAAGCCAGUCAAAAUGUGAAGUCUGAAUAUAAAUCAAUUUGUGGUGUACCAUAUACAGCUUUGCCACUUGCUACGUGUAUUUCUGCUAAAGAAAAUAUUCCUAUGUUAAUCCGAAGAAAAGAAGCUAAAGGAUAUGGUACUAAGAAGUUAAUAGAAGGAAAGUAUAAUGAUGGAGAUAACUGUUUAAUUAUAGAAGAUGUUUGUACUAGUGGGUCUAGUGUAUUAGAUACUGUACAGGCAUUAAAAACUUGUGGUAUUAAAGUCAGUGAUGCUAUAGUACUAUUAGAUAGAGAACAAGGUGCUGUAGAUGUUUUAAAACAACAUGGUAUAACAUUACACAGUGUAAUGGGUCUGAAUCAGGUUAUGGAAAUUCUAGAAAGAUCAAAGAAGAUAGAUUGUGAAAUGGUAGAAAAAGUCAGAUCUUUUCUUCAAGUUAAUAGAUUCACUCCCUCAACAAAUACACAACCUUGUCAACCAAAUCAAAUCAAGAAAUUAUCAUUUACUGAGCGUGGUAAAUUAUGUACAAAUCAGAUGACUAAGAAACUAUUUGGUAUAAUGGAAGAAAAAAAAUCAAAUUUAGUUGUUUCAGCUGAUUUUACACAAUCCCAACAAAUAUUAGAGCUAGUAGAUAAAGUUGGACCACAUGUGUGUAUGGUAAAAACACAUAUUGAUAUAGUUGAAGAUUUCUCUCAAGAUUUUAUUACCAAACUACUUCAGAUGGCUCAGAAACACAAAUUUCUUCUGUUUGAAGAUAGAAAGUAUGCUGAUAUAGGUAAUACUGUUAAGUUACAGUAUAAUAAUGGUAUAUAUCAUGUAAGUAGUUGGGCUGAUAUAAUCAAUGCUCAUUGUAUAUCUGGUCUUGGUGUUCUUGCAGCAUUAAAACAGAUUGGAUUAGAGAAGAAUAAAGGAUGUUUAUUAGUGGCUGAGAUGAGUUCUACUGGUAAUAUGAUAACAGCAGAGUAUACAGCAGCAACAGUUAAAUUAGCAGAAGAGAAUAAAGAUUUUGUUAUAGGAUUUAUCUGUCAGAAUAGAUUAUCUGAUGAUCCUACACUGCUCCAUUUAACACCAGGUGUUCAGUUAAAAAAAGGAAGUGAUGAUCUAGGGCAGCAAUAUUUAACACCAGAAGAAGUUAUUAGUAAACGUGGAAAUGAUGUGAUAAUAGUUGGUCGUGGUAUAACUCAAUCAGCUGAUGUUAUCAAUACAGCUAUAGCUUAUAAACAGUCUGCUUAUAAUGCUUACUGUCAGUUGUUGCAAUAAAACAUGUUUUUACUUUUA